CUGUCCGUCUCCACCAAUAGGAUCCUCUCUGUUAUCGCAGAGCUCCAGCUCCUCGGUCGCCAUGAUACAGCAGCAGCGGAAGCGGAGAAGUAGCUAGAAAACAAAAGAAAACACGCAGUCGUCCUCGCCGUUUGGUAUGCUCUUGCAGUGUUAUAGGAAUGCCCAAGGAAAAAUAUGACCCGCCGGAUCCCAGGCGGAUGUACACAAUUAUGUCCAGCGAGGAGGCAGCAAACGGGAAGAAGUCAUACUGGGCUGAGCUGGAAAUCAGUGGCCGAGUAAGGAGUCUCAGCACAGCCCUGUGGUCUCUCACCCACCUCACUGCCCUGCACCUCAGUGACAACUCACUGUCACGCAUCCCGCCAGACAUUGCCAAACUACACAACCUGGUGUACCUGGAUCUCUCAUCCAAUAAGAUCAGGAGCCUGCCGUCAGAGCUCGGCAACAUGGUGUCUCUCAGGGAAUUGCUUUUAAAUAACAACCAGUUGCGAGUUCUGCCAUUUGAAUUGGGAAAACUGUUUCAGUUACAAACACUGGGGUUGAAAGGAAACCCACUUGCACAAGAAAUUAUGAGCCUCUACCAGGAACCCGAUGGCACACGGAGACUGCUCAGCUACUUGUUAGACAAUCUGGCAGGGGCUAUCAAACGCAUACCAGCAGAGCAACCCCCAGCCCGGUCAUGGAUCACAAUCCAGGAACCGGAGCGGACACUCCCCUCGGCAUUGUUCUCUGUGAUGUGCUACAACGUACUGUGCGAUAAGUAUGCCACUCGACAGCUAUAUGGCUACUGCCCCUCCUGGGCUCUAACCUGGGAGUACAGGAAGAAAUCCAUCAUGCAGGAGAUCAUGGGCUGCAAUGCAGACAUCAUCAGUUUGCAGGAAGUUGAGACGGAGCAGUAUUUCAAUUACUUCUUGCCUGAGCUGAAGGAGCAAGGAUACGAUGGGUUCUUCAGUCCAAAGUCACGAGCGCGAACGAUGUCCGAAUCGGAUCGUAAACAUGUGGAUGGAUGUGCAAUUUUCUUCAAGCCCGAGAAGUUCAGUGCAGUGCAGAAGCACACGGUGGAGUUCAACCAGCUGGCCAUGGCUAACUCCGAGGGUUCAGAGGCCAUGCUGAACAGGGUGAUGACGAAGGACAACAUCGGAGUAGCUGUACUUCUUGAGGUCCGCAAAGAGAUGAUGGAGCUCUCCUCUGGAAAGUCACUCCAUGGUAUGGAGAAGCAGCUUAUCCUGGUGGCCAAUGCCCACAUGCACUGGGACCCAGAGUACUCCGAUGUCAAGCUAGUCCAAACCAUGAUGUUCCUGUCAGAGGUGAAAAACAUCGUAGACAAGGCCACACGCAGUCUCAAGCUGUCGUCUGUCUCUGGUGAGAUCAAUCCCAUUCCACUGGUGAUGUGCGCUGACCUCAACUCCCUGCCCGACUCGGGUGUAGUGGAGUACCUAAGUACUGGCGGAGUGGACUGCACCCACAAGGACUUCAAGGAGCUGCGCUACAGUGACUGCCUGACCAAAUUCAACUGCAACGGCAAGAACAGCACGUCCAACGGCAGGAUCACACACGGCUUCAAACUGAAGAGCGCCUACGAGAACGGCCUGAUGCCUUACACCAAUUACACCUUUGACUUCAAGGGUGUUAUCGACUAUAUUUUCUACUCUCGGCCUCACCUGAACGUGCUGGGUAUCUUGGGGCCUCUGGACCCCCACUGGCUUGUAGAGAACAAUGUCAGCGGCUGCCCACACCCUCACAUCCCCUCUGACCACUUCUCCCUGUUUGCCCAGCUGGAGUUGCUCCUGCCCAACCUCCCCUCCCAGGUCAAUGGGCUUCACCUGCCCACACGCAGGUAGUGAGACCCCGCCAUACCACCAGGGGGAGCUCCAACCACAGCUUCUCCCUCUCAACCCCGCUUCCCUCCCUCCACCAGCUCCUUCCUCCACCCCACUGGAGAUGGAAGACACACACAGACACAAACACACACAAACACAAAACACAACCUGUAAAAUAUUCGUACAGUGAGGUCUGGCUGACAGGGAUUUCGUAUGUUAUAGAUACUCUAUAUUUUUCUGUUUUCUUUCUGUUUUUCUUUUAAAGAUCUUUUUUUAACUGCUUGAUUCAGUCCGGUUUGUGUAUUAUAUUUCGUGUAUUGGGCUCCCUUUCCUCAUCCGAGUCACUGAUCCUACCUACUUUGCUUCUGUCUUGCAAACUAGAGGGGAUGGUAGCUUAUUCAGGUUCAUCACAUUGGAUUUGGUUUUAAAGCGAGGGGAAACUUGCGGCUGAGGGGAUGAUGUUUUACCUACAAAGCUCCAGAGCUGAUGGUCUGCUGGUCUGUCUGUCCUGUAUAAAUCUAAAACCAGCAAAGACAGCAGACCUAUCCGUCUCAGACCUUGCUUUAGCUUAGGCUUGUUAUCGCCUGUACUUUGGGCCAAAAGGAUACUUACUCAGUCUUUCUAGGACGCGUUCUGGAUUUGGAGGCGAUGGAACAAAAGCAGCUUUUUAUCUGUUGGAUUACUAUCCCUGAGAGGCGGAUGAAGUUCAGGUUGCAUGUGGUGGGGUUUUCUGCUGUCAUUUUGUGGUGCUGAGGCCUUUUGUGAGGUCAUGGCCUCCUGUGGUGCUACAAGAUAGUAAACACCUCCGACCCCAGCCCUGGUGCAUUAGCCGCCAAACCCACCGAUGCCUAGACAACCAGAUUUCUUUGCCUACAUUUGUCCGAUGUUUCACGUCGGCAGUAUGUAGCCUUAAAGAAAGACGCUGUGAGAAACUGAGAGCAGCUACCAUCCUUUAUGCAGACUGUUUCACGCCAACUUGUACAGUUGUCAGGCUCGUCUUGUGCUUAGGAGGUCACGUGGGCUGUGUAUCACCUUUCUUUGAGCAAGGGAUUUGGGCGGAAUGGCAGAGGCGAUAAUGGCUGAUACACCGGAAUAAAACCAGCAUUCCUUUCACUGUCGGGAGUUGUCGUCGUCCAACUCCACACAUGCAAGCUUACACACACAAACACACUUGCAUACACGCGCAAGAUGAAUUUUCAGGCAGAUCUGUAGCACUGUCUCCGAGGCCAGUAAUGACUUUCCCCAGCCAUAAGUCCCAUACACAAAACCAGUGAGGUUUUUUUUGUUCGUUUGUUUUUUUUCACAAGUGUUUGUACAGAAUAGAAACCUAGACUCAGUCUUUACAUGAUUGUAUAUGAACCACAAAAGACCUGUUUUCUGGCGUUUUUUGUACGAAGAGUAAAUUAUGAUCCGAUUUGAAAAAAAGAUUGUAUUGUAAACUAUGGCUAAAUUUUUAUCCAGUUGAUGUUAAGAUGAAUUGAUAUUACCAGCUUGUACAAAAGACGAAAGAAGAGGUUGUUCAUGGCGUUCGCUGUCACUACUUUGCACUCCCUAGAGAUUAACUGUAAGUAAUGUAUCAGUAUUGUUUAAUGAUUUGCUCUCCCUCUCACUCUGAGGUUGGCGUGAUUUUUGCUGGCAUAUUGCUGCGAUGUAAAUAGACAUUGAGGAAAUUCUGUUGCUUCUUGCCCAUUAACAAAGCCAUUGAUCCACGCUGCUGCCAUCAGCUCUGAAAAGGACGUGCAAGGAUGAAUCGCAUCUGUUCUUCUAUACAUCUCAUUCAAAAGUGACAUCUGAUUGACACAACUUGCAUCAAUCCCCGUUGUACAUCGUGCCUCACUGUAGCAGUUGACGUCGUCUUGCACUAUUUACAUGCGACGAACGCCUGAACAACCUUUUCUCUUUUUAUUUUUAAAUACUGUCGAGACAUUUGUGAAGAUUUAAUGUCCUUUUUUUUUUGUUGAUGUUCAUUUCCUUUUUUAAUGAGAUGUGACAAUACUAUGAUAUGUACAUCCUUCCUAUUCAUUGAGCUCUCUAUUAAUCAGGUAUGCUUUUUUUUCCCACCAACCCUCUCUUUCCUCUGCAAGGAACAUGAGUAGGGCAUCUUAUGAAUUCACUUUUGUUUGUUGUACUCCUUGUUUGUACCCAAGUCCCUUGGCUUUGUUCCUGGCCGUGAAUUUUAAAUUUACCCAAGUCUGUCCAUCACCUCCCCCUCCCAUUAACCUCCCAAACAUCAGACUUUACUUGACAAUUAUACUAAUCAAGUUGUGUCUUUUUAAGUCUUUUUGCCCAACUGCUUUGUAUACAUUUUCUACCCUUGUCACUGCAGCUAUAGUGCCAUUUGUGGACCCCCUAACUCUGCAUUGGAAAGGGUGGAAGCUCUCACUUUUCUCUGCUUUUUGAACAAGGCAUGAAGGUCAGCAGGCUUUCUGAAACCCAGGCUGGUGUAUUACUAUGAAUCUGAUUUUUGAUACAUCCCCCAAAAAAUGAGAAAUCUGUCAGCAGUGAUGUAAUUAUUUCAACUGUCACGCUUUCACAUGGAUGAUGAGCACUUAGCAGAUUCAGAUGCCGCCCUAUUCACUCUGUCCACUCGUAUGAAUUAUUAAAGGUUUUCAUCACUUCGUGUGUUGAAGUGAUAUUUUUAAAAGCAAGUAGGAAAUAUAAAUUUAAUCUUCAGAUCAAUGUCUUUGUACCCCAACAUUAUUUUCAAAAUUUUUUGCCCUCAUUAUCCCGCUCUCCCUAAUGAAAACCAAUGUGUCCAGUUUGAUUUUUAUCCUUUUCUUUUCUGAAUGGCAUUAGUAUUGUAGUAGACUUUAAAGGGUAGCUUUUUUUUGUAAAGUGUGAAUAAAAGAUGUAUCCCAUGUUUCUCUUCUAAAAAGAUAUUGGAUUGUGUUAAUGAUGUGUAAAUCAUUGAUUUUUCUGAUGGUGUUAUGUUUACUGCAUUGUUUUUAACCUUUCCCCAACUCCCCUCCCAUCACAAACCAAAUCCUCUGUAGAAAUCAUCACGACUGACGUUGUCUUGACGGGUCAAAGUUGAAUGUUCGUGAUGAUGCCUCACGGGAUUAAGUCUGGAGCGUGUUUUGACAGAAAAGAACCUGCAUCGUUGACAUUAAUUAAAUCUCAGCACAGGGAUUUUUUUUUUAAGAAAAAAAGAGGAAAAGUAGGAGGGGAAGAAAAAAAAAAAAGCAAAGUUUUCAGCUUUAUUUUUGAUGUCUCGUGGCACUAGGCGGACAGUGCUCGCGCCCGGCGGUUCGGGCGGCGGACUGAUCUCACUAGUGGCCGCACAGUUCUGUUGAACACCGUUCGACAGGUGUAAAACGUGUUUGUAACGGCAAAGCUAAUCAUGUGCCACUAGACUGGUCUUGUGAUGAUUUUUUGAGUACUUCUAGUCCAUCUCAUUCUGUUCUUGUGCAUUACAGUGGUUAAAUCUGUUGAGCUAGUUAGCUACUGUUGAUAGUCACUGAUUUAAGUCCAUCUUCUUUGGUUUUGACGCUCCUCUUUCCCUUUUCCUCUGAAUAUCUUGUCAAAUCAGAGCUGAACUUAUGGAACGCUGUAAGCUCUUGUGAGUGAUCACAUGUUUUUUUUUUCUGUUUUUUCUUUGCUGUUGCUUUGUUUAGGUGUAGAGUGAUUUUUGUUUCUCCUCCCCAGGCUGCAUCUUUGUAACGGUGCACACCAAAGCUGCUUGUAGUUCGGUUGUGUUUUAGAGCGACUCCCUGCACCGACCACUCACUCAUCCAAAAACCCCAAACCAUCACCUCCAUGAAAAGUAGGGCUUUAAGGAAAGCAAGGUACUUUUGUCCUUUUCCUUGAAACACAUCAACACAAACACACACAAGAACUUUCCACUGCUUUUUUUUUUUUUUUUUUUUUUUCUUUUUCAAUUCAUCAGCUAAACUUGGCAAUAAUAACCGGAAACAUUGUCAUUCAUAUUUCUUUGGGUCUUUAUUCAGUUCAUCUGGGGAAAUGUAGCUACUUUCAAACUGGCGGGUUUUUUUUUUGUUUUUUUUUUCUUCCUUUUUAUCUAAACUCUCCAUCUUCAAUUCUCCACACUGUUGAUUUACCUGAGCACAUUUUUACAUCUUUUAACCAUACAUUUUGUAUAUUUUCUCAUCUCCCUGCCAAUUUAGUGGUAGUUGUUCAAUGAUCAGGAUUGUCUCUCUGUAGUCAGCUGAGUACAUAUAUUGAUCUGUGUCACUGUGUUAAUGCACUGGACCAACUAUUGUUUACCAUUCAUGAAAUACCAGCAAAAAAAAAAGGAAAAAAAAAAGACAAAACACUUGCACAAUGUUUUAGAAUGUCCAUUAACCCAGACGAGAAAUCAAGGCAGCUGUUUUCAAAUCAACACAUACUGUUUUAAAAGAUACUGAAUGGUAAACAAUGCUUUAUGUUGUACCCCUUAGCCGUCCUCUUGAUUAUUUUUGGAUUAGUUUUAUUCUUUUAUUUUUUCCUUUGACUACAGGUUCUGCUUGUUUCCUUUACACCUACCUAUGUAUUUUCCUACUUCGGGUUGAAAAUAAAUUCUGUAUUAUCUGUUUCAAGCGGUGUCGCCUGAUUCUUUGCGAUGGAUAUUGAAAAUAAAUUCUGUAUCUGUUCUCCA